AUGAAUCCAGCAGCAGGGGGUGUGGUAUACGACACGCUGUCGUCACAGCCGCAGAGGAGUAUGCCCCAACCACACUACGCCGCAUUGGAAGCCAAUGAGCGUUACUUUCGUCAGGAGAAAGUAGGUGAAGGGUCAUACGGUGUUGUGUACAAAUGCCUUGAUAGACAAACAGGUCGCAUUGUCGCCGUGAAACGGAUCUCGUUGAAGCUUAAGGAUGAAGGGGUACCGGCAACGGCGGUACGGGAAGUGUCUCUUCUUCGAGAAUUGAAUCAUCCGUACGUUGUGCAGCUUCUUGAUGUAUCCCUUCAGGAUUCAAAGUUGCUUCUUAUCUUUGAAUACAUGGAAAAGGAUUUGCAGGGAUUAUUGAAGCAGCGAAACACACCACUUGUAGGAGGAAAACUGCAACGUAUUAUGUUUCAGUUAUUGUUAGGAUUACACGCCUGUCACAGCCGUCGCUUCGUACAUCGUGAUAUUAAGCCAAGCAAUAUUCUCAUCAGUCGCGAUGAGUCGGUGGUGAAAUUGGCGGAUUUUGGUUUGGGUCGUGCCUUUCGUGUUCCGCUGCAAACAUACACAACGGAGGUGAUGACACUGUGGUACCGCGCACCGGAGGUCUUACUCGGGGAUAAUCAUUACCUCCCUGCCAUUGAUGUGUGGUCGAUGGGAUGUGUCAUGGCAGAACUUGCGAAAGGAACGCCUCUUUUUGCCGCUGAUACCGCCAUCAGUCAAUUGUUUGCCAUAUUCCAAGUCCUCGGCACCCCGUCGGAGUCUACAUGGCGUGGUGUGUCCUCCUUGUCGCACCACAAUGUCGACUUCCCUCAGUGGCGGCCUACCUCACUGAGUAGUGUCAUCCCCACACUGGAGCCAGAGGGAAUCGAUCUGCUGCAACGCAUGCUGCUGUACGAUCCACGUCAGCGUAUCACCGCGUAUGACGCGCUUCGUCACAGCUGGUUUGACGACGUGCGGCAUGACAUGAGUGAAGAGGCCGCUCUUUAA